CGGGGCCGUGCGGGCAGGGGAGGCAGCACCGGAGCCGGAGCCGCACUGAGGCGGGCGGGCGAGGGCUAAGCAGGGGCAUGGCGGCAGCGGGCAGGGCGCUGGUGUACGGGGGCAGAGGGGCCCUGGGCUCCCAGUGCGUGCGGUACCUCAAGGCCAGGAACUGGUGGGUGGCCAGCAUCGACCUGGCGGAGAACGAGGAGGCCAGCGCCAGCGUGGUGGUGAGGGCGACCGACUCCUUCCCCGAGCAGGCUGAGCAGGUUACAGCAGAGGUUGGAAAACUUCUUGGUGAAGAAAAGGUGGAUGCAAUCUUGUGUGUAGCAGGAGGAUGGGCUGGAGGCAGCGCCAAAGCUAAAUCUUUAUACAAAAACUGUGAUCUGAUGUGGAAGCAGAGCAUUUGGACAUCCACUAUUUCCAGCCACCUAGCCACAAAACAUCUGAAAGAUGGUGGCCUCUUGACUUUGACAGGAGCUCAAGCUGCUUUAUCUGGAACCCCAGGGAUGAUUGGCUAUGGCAUGGCCAAAGGAGCAGUGCAUCAGCUUUGUCUGAGUUUAGCUGGUGCCAAUAGUGGCUUGCCAUCUGGUUCUGCUGCUGUUGCCAUUUUACCGGUUACCUUAGAUACACCAGCAAACAGGAAAUCAAUGCCUGACGCAGACUUCAGUUCCUGGACACCCUUAGAAUUCAUUGCUGAAACCUUUUAUGACUGGAUAACAGGAAAGAAUCGACCAAACUCGGGGAGUCUAAUCCAGGUGAUAACUACAGGAGGGAAGACUGAACUAGUUGCAGCACAUCUUUGAUUUCAGGCACUUAAGAUGGUGGAACUACAGCAGAGGAGAAGCUAUGGAAAAAUCUGUCUGCCAGUAUAAUUUAGAUCGUCUUCUGUAUCCAGUGAUUGUAUUUAUGUCAUUAAUGGAAGCAGAUUUCAAGUAAUGUUCUGUCAGAUGUAAGCUAUUGGCAUUUGUUUACCAACAAGUAUUUGUCUCUAAAAGGAAAUUGCAGGCUUUAAAGUUCUGUAGAUGUCCUAAUUCUGCAUAUUGACUUGCCCAUUUUUACUGACAUGAGAAUUGUGCUUAAUUAUGUCAUUUAAUCACAUAUAUAAUGGUCGGAUUUUUUUCUCAGUAAGUUUUUCUGGCAACUUAUAGUCAAUCUUUCAAUAGUCUGUCUACCUUUUUCUGUCUGAGAAUAUAACCCCACCUCAGCAUAUCAUGUUGGCUGUAGUUAUAAGGAAACAUUGCAGUCACAAAUAAUGUCCUAGUCGUGUAACAUUUUUUUCAUGUGAAUGUUCCACUUGAGUUAAUGGAACUGUAUAGAGAUCACUCAAGAUGGAGUUCCUAAUUUGCCUUACAGUUUAUAAGCUGCUACCAGGCCUACAGUUGUAGGAUAAAAUAGUCAUUCUGCCAAAUGAUUAGUAUGUCUGUGUUAGUCAUGAUGGUUCUUUACAGCACUUUUUUUUUAAAAAAAAGUAGUACUAGAAAAAGGAUUCACACACUUCUAUUUGAAUAUUGAACUUUUUGUGCUAAAUAAAAGUAUAUUGUUUUAUGCA